UGUUUUUUUUCCUUUUUUGUGAAAGAGGCUGUUAACUUCGCAAGCUCCGUGUAGUGGUGACGUGACAUUCUUCCCGGUUAUGCUGAGGGAGACUGGAGGGGACGGUGCUCGUUACCGGUGCUGGGCUUGAGUUAACGGCUUCGUGAGGGCUUCCUGUCGCGCGGCUCUCGUCGCCGGGCCGGGCCGGGCCAGGCCGCCGCCGCUUUAGUGGCAAAAGGAGGGGGAAAGCUGCUGUUCUGGAUCAUAUUUGAGUUGUCUUUGAAGUUGCCAAAAUGGUUUUAGCAGAUCUUGGGAGAAAGAUAACCUCAGCAUUGCGCUCUCUGAGCAAUGCUACAAUUAUCAAUGAAGAGGUUUUAAAUGCUAUGUUAAAAGAAGUAUGUACAGCAUUACUGGAAGCUGAUGUCAACAUUAAGUUAGUGAAACAACUGAGAGAAAAUGUCAAAUCUGCUAUUGAUCUUGAAGAAAUGGCUUCUGGCCUAAAUAAAAGGAAAAUGAUUCAACAUGCUGUCUUUAAAGAACUUGUUAAGCUCGUAGAUCCUGGAGUAAAAGCCUGGACACCAACAAAAGGAAAACAGAAUAUCAUAAUGUUUGUAGGGCUGCAAGGAAGUGGCAAAACAACAUCAUGUUCAAAGUUGGCAUACUACUACCAGAGGAAAGGCUGGAAGACAUGCUUGAUAUGUGCGGAUACUUACAGAGCAGGUGCUUUUGACCAGUUAAAACAGAACGCAACAAAAGCAAGAAUUCCAUUCUACGGCAGUUACACAGAAAUGGAUCCUGUGAUCAUUGCAUCAGAAGGUGUUGAAAAAUUUAAGAACGAAAACUUUGAAAUAAUAAUUGUCGACACAAGUGGUCGUCACAAGCAGGAAGAUUCACUCUUUGAAGAAAUGUUACAAGUUGCCAAUGCCAUACAACCAGACAAUAUUGUUUAUGUGAUGGAUGCGUCUAUUGGUCAAGCUUGUGAAGCUCAAGCAAAGGCUUUCAAAGAUAAAGUUGAUGUUGCUUCUGUGAUUGUAACAAAACUGGAUGGCCAUGCAAAGGGAGGUGGGGCGCUCAGUGCAGUGGCUGCCACUAAAAGUCCAAUCAUUUUUAUUGGUACUGGAGAACAUAUAGAUGACUUUGAACCUUUUAAAACACAACCCUUCAUCAGCAAGCUUCUUGGUAUGGGAGAUAUUGAAGGACUGAUAGAUAAAGUAAAUGAAUUGAAAUUGGAUGACAAUGAGGCGCUCAUAGAGAAAUUAAAACAUGGUCAAUUUACUUUAAGAGAUAUGUACGAACAGUUCCAAAACAUCAUGAAAAUGGGACCCUUCAGUCAAAUCUUGGGUAUGAUCCCAGGUUUCGGAACAGAUUUCAUGAGUAAAGGCAACGAACAGGAAUCAAUGGCAAGGCUAAAGAAACUGAUGACAAUAAUGGACAGUAUGAAUGAUCAAGAACUUGAUAGUACAGAUGGGGCCAAAGUUUUCAGUAAACAACCAGGAAGAAUCCAAAGAGUAGCAAGAGGUUCCGGUGUUUCAACUAGAGAUGUUCAAGAACUCCUGACACAGUAUACAAAAUUUGCACAAAUGGUGAAAAAGAUGGGAGGCAUAAAAGGACUUUUCAAAGGAGGUGAUAUGUCAAAGAACGUAAAUCCAUCCCAGAUGGCAAAAUUGAACCAACAGAUGGCAAAGAUGAUGGAUCCCAGAGUUCUUCAUCAUAUGGGUGGCAUGGCAGGACUGCAGUCAAUGAUGCGGCAGUUUCAACAAGGUGCUGCUGGAAAUAUGAAAGGCAUGAUGGGAUUCAAUAACAUGUAAAAAGCCUUAAUAAACUGACUUGAUUAACCAUUUGCUGGAACAUCACUAAAAGAAUGAGAUCUCCUUUUUUUACAGUGAAGGAGAAUGUUAAUGCAACAAGUGAUGCUUUUGAAACUUCAAUCUGAGAGUUUCUAGAUUUAUUUCUAGAAAGUGGUUAUAUUUUUGCUUAAAUUGGUUCUUUUCUGUUUUAAUUUUGAUGUUACAUGGAGAAUUAAGUUAAAAAUCAAAUCAUGUACAAAUUUAAUAUUUAGAGGAACUUUUUAAUUGCCUCAUGGCAGCCGUUAUAUUUGUAAACAAUUCAGAACUUUGGUUAAUACCAAUACGUCACAAAUAUACUGUAAAAUAAAGUGGUUGUAAAUUUAA